AUGGGUCAGAACGACGCCCCGCGAGCAGAGCUCGUCGUGUUGUCCUUGUCUCUUCCGGCGGCUCCGCGGGAGCCGGUGGUCUCUGACUCGCGGGGACGGACGGCCUGGACGUACCUACUUGCGGCGAAGGUCACCCCCUCUCGCUCUAUGCCCCUCCCGGCGCCGCCCCCUCUCGCUCUAUGCCCCUCCCGGCGCCGCCCCCUCUCGCUCUAUGCCCCUCCCGGCGCCGCCCCCUCUCGCUCUAUGCCUCUCCCGGCUCCGCCGCGUCUCUGGUCAACCUCCCAAGUCCCGCGCAAUGAAGAGAGGACGAAAAUUCGUCCCGCGAGCGAGUCGCUCGCGCGCGAUCUCUCCCCUCCUUGA